CUCAGUUUCCCCAGCAGGGCUGCCUUGCCACACAGGGGAGCCUGGAUGUCUGAAGAGCAGCGACAGAUGGGCCAAUAUUGACAUUAGCUCUCAGCCCGAAGAAGCCAGCUGGUGCCCAGGUAACCAUGGCUACAAUUACGCAGAGAAACAUCAGGCUUACACUGUUGCUAUCACUGCGUUCGAGUGGCUCCCGCAUCAUCGCGUGUAAGAGGGGCCCGAGGCGCGGCCGAGAGCUGGUAACCAAGGGGAUGUGAGCCGGCGAGAAGAAUCAGCCCCUGCGAAGGGAGCGUCACAGUUCGAGGUCACUGCACCUGCCUUCCCCCUCCAUGAGCCAUGUUUUUCUCCCUCCCGGCUACACAGUCCCCUGGCUACUGGGGCUACGCCCAGACGACCUCCCCGGCCCAGCGCCUGCGCUCUGCUUCUUCUCUGGAGGCUGCAGCCGGAGGAAUUGCCACAGCGCCAAGUGCCCAGCCAGCUGCUUCUGAGCAAGCCCCGUGCGGAGAUGGGGAAACUGAGGCACAGAGGCGGACAUGCUGCAUCUGAGGUGCACAGAGGGUGCGUGGCAGAACAAGGAUUCGAACCCAGGACUCCUGAGUCCCAGCCAUUAAUCACUAGGCACCGUUCCCUGCUGCCCGCAACAGCCCUGAAGGCUUGCCUCAUCCAUUGGCUACACCUUCCCAUUCUGUUCAUAGGAAAAGUGCAGUCGGCACCAGACGUGGUAGCUCAUUUCAGGGGGGACGUCACCCUGAGAUGCCUCUUCCUGUCCCAGCCCGGCAUGAACCUCCAGCGUCUAACCGUCACCUGGCAGAAGGAGCAGGUGGGGGCAGAGGCCUUGGUGGUUCAUAGUUAUUAUUACGGGAGGGAGCAGCUGGAGAAACAGGACAAGGCUUAUAGGAACCGGACCCGGCUGGAACCAGAGGAGCUGGCCCGGGGGAAUGCGUCCCUGACGCUGAGGGACAUCCACAUGCAGGACGAGGGCGUCUAUCAGUGCCACAUCACCACGGAGCUGGGCACGACGUCUGAACUCUGGAAGCUGAGAGUGGGAGCCCUGUUCAGCGAGCCCCAGCUGACCUUCAGCCUCUCCAGUGCUGGGGUCAUGCUGACUGUCCACACAUGGGGCGGGUACCCCGCAGCCACAGUGCGGUGGCUGGACGAGGCGGGCAGGGACGUCACAGCAGAGGGCGCCACGGAGCAGCAGGUGGAUGAACAGGGGCUCUACCACAUCACCAGCUGGGUCACGGUGCCACCUGUGACCCACAGCGCGAGGCUGACCUUCGUGUUAACCCCUCAUGUGCUGGGGGCACCAAUCACCCGGCCACUGAGCCUGCAGCUGAGCCCAGGACUCCUGGGUCCCCCGGCCUCCUGCCUUGGGGUCCGCCUGGCUGUCAUCUGUGCCGCCUGCCUCUUCAUCGUCCUGCUGGCCGUUGCAUUUCUCUACCAUCUCCGCCAGGGCCCGGCUGGAUCCCACUCCUGGAGGAAGGCUGAGAAGGAGGAGGAGCAGAAAGAGAUCUCUUGUCCUAUCUCAGCCAGCCCCAGCUCAGAACAAACCUGCCCCGCUGGCCACGAGCAGCCGGCCGGGGCCGAGCCCUAGGGAUCGGCUGGGGCCGAGCCGGAGCCACCAGGAGCAAGAUCUAGCACCACCCGGGCUCUGUCAUCUCCCGGCAACCAAGCCCCAGAGGACCUAGGACAACCCCUGCUGCCCCGGCUCCGCCAUCUGGCCUCCGCCUGGUGCCCUUGACCUUGGCCAAGAGCUGGGAGACCCGCCUCAUCCUCUAGCAGCAUCACCGAGGGGUCUCCGGCCUUCACCUCCCACACUGAGAAUCAGGCUCCAUCCGCGGCCUCAGUUUUUCAUCCAGGGCCCCCGACGUGACGUGCCCUCCCCUGCCCCCGGCAACACCCCCCCGGGAAUGGAGAGGCAGCUGCAGCCCCUGCCCCAGGCAUGAGAUGGGUGAAUGAGCCCAGCUGGGCUGCAGCAGAGCCACUGGACCAGCCGGCCCGCGGAGUGGCAGACUGGGGCCAGGGUUCUGCAUGUCAGCCCACUGGCCAGUCCGUGGCUGCCCAACGCUUGCGCCCGCAGCUGUGAUCACUCCUCUGCCUGCCUUGGUCCUGCCCUGCUCCAGCCCGGCUUCUGACCCCUGGCUCCGGUUAUUGGCUUGGCUCUGGCUUUUAAUCUUGGCGGAUUCCUAGUUGCAGCAUUGGCCUGUGGCUCUGGCUUAGACCUGGCUCUAACCACUAGAUCAGAUGGCCCAGACUAACCACCGCCUGGCACUGGUGCAAUCUCUUCUCUAGCUGUCCCUCUUUAGCCCCCUCCCCCACACAUACCGCCCCUUCUUCAUCAGCCGUCCUAUUCCCUGCUGCAUUCUCCUCCUGGGACCGGAUCAGCCCGCUGUCCUCUUGUCUUGCAUCGUGUACAGGUUCCUAUACCACCCUCAUCACUGCACAGCUGAGUGCCUGCCAGGUCGGGCACCACCCACCGCGAUUAUGCAUCCGCCACGUGCUGUUUGUUCUCUCAGCCUCUCCCCGGAUGGAGAAGUCAGUGCACAGGAGGCUCUUGUUUUGGUAGGGUUCCCUUUUCGGUUACUAGAAAUAGACCCUGUUGCUGUAUGUUUAUGUUGGAGAAGGCAGGCCCAAGAGUCUUUGGCGCAGUCAGCAGUCAGGUUUCUAAUGAGCCUUGGUUCCUGUGGCAGGUAGUUCCGCAGUCUCGGACCACGCUUGAAGAAGGUUCUUGCUCCUGAACAGACCAGCUUUACUCCUAUGGUUGAGAAUUUCACAGGCCAGAGCUGUCGACCACAGUCUGUUCCCCCGAGCUUUACAUGGGCCAUGGGAUAGGCUGGGCCUAGGCCAUGAAGCGCUGUGAAGAUAACGACCGGUCACUAUCCGGCAGGAAGCCAGCGUAGAGAGCGGAGCAGAGGUGGGAUGUGCUCGCGACGGCUUGCACGGCUGAGAUGUGCUGCAGCAUUUGGCCCUUGUCAGAGUCCCUGCGUGCUGGAGGCUUCCCGCCCGGCCCCAUCGCGUUGCUGUCGUCUAGCCGGGAGGUGCCGAAGGCGCGAAGCACAGGUCAUCCCCCGCCAGGACGGAUGGAGUCUCCUAGCCAGCCAGAGAUGACAGAAAGCGCCGUGCGCAGCCCUUGGGAUGUGAGAGUCCAGCAUCAGCGAGGAAUCCUGGGGCACUCCUGGACUAUGGGCCGGACUGGCCGGUGGGGGACGUGAACUUCAAUCAAAGGCAGCUGCUCCGGGGCUGCGAACAUCCCCGAGUGCUCUCCUCUGCCCGCCUUGCUCAGGGUUCAGCGCCAGCCAGCUGCUCCCUUCCCAGAGCUGAUCUCGCCUGUCACGGGGCAAUUGCGGGGGGGGGUGGGGCGUCUGUGGGCAAGGACAGGUCGAGCUGGGGGGGUCACCCGCUGAUUGCUGGCGCUUGAGUCUGUGGUGUCUGACCAGUUCCCCCAGUAGCUGCAUGAUGUCAGAACGGGCCAGAGAGAAAACUGACCCUGGGGGAGCCGCUCUAGCCAGGGGUCGGGGGCGGAGGAGCCGUUUCCGAUCGCUACUUGCUGGGCAUGUCCGUUGGGCAACGGUGCAAGUCGAAAUAAUUUCUUGCCGGUACGCUGCACUCGUGGGAGUGUCUCAAUGGGCCGGGGGCACGUGACCUCCGCACGUGACCCCCCCACGUGACUCCUCCCUGCCCCGCCCCCAGCCUGGGGCCCUGGCGCCCUCCCUGUCCCUUCCCGAGGAUCCACAUCCAUCCCAUGUUACCUGCGGGCAGAGGGGGCUCUCUUCUCCUCCCGCUGCACCAGAGACUUCUGCUGUCCAGACCCCAGGCCGGAGGACUCAGGAGACACAGCUGAGUGGAAGGGCUGGGGAUGGGCUCCUCCUAUGUCUUUGCAGCUAUAAAUAUCAUAGUGGCACAGCAGACCGGACCGGAGCACCCUACUUGCCCCGCUGCCGUUGAGGAAGGAAUCCAACCAUGGGCUCCUGGCACCUUUCUCAGCCGUGUCCCACACUCGACAGGGUCAAAUGCUGCAGAGAGUGCCAGGGGGUGGGGAUGGAUAUCUGCCCCCUCUCCUCACCAGGAGGGGGCCAUCCAUCGGUGCCAUGAAGCAAUUUCAGCUCCGUGUCCUGGCCUGAAUCCUGCUUGGGCCGAGUCCCGCACGUUGGCUUGAGUCAGAUGAGCCUGUGGGUGGCUUUGGAGCAAAGCUCAGGAGCGACGGGUCUGAGACGGGGCAACAGUUGGCUACAACCUAGGGCUGCAGGGCGGGUUUCUGUAGUGCUCUCCUGUGUGGGGAGGUGGAAGGGAUGGUCCAUUCUCUCUGUGGCUGUUUCAGCCAGGAGCGGCACCAGGGAUUCACGACUCUCUCACAAGCCAGGAAGAGCCUGGGCCGGGUUCCCAUGUCCUGGACCAGGACUGUUUUGGGGAGUCCUUCGUGUCUGGCCCAGUGACUGUCCCGAACGCUCAGCACUGUUGGCCUGUAGCCAGCUUUGGAAUCUGUUGGAGUGCGAGAGUCUCCGUGGUUGAAUCAGGCUCAUUGGUCUUUUUUGCUUCUGGGUGACCUGGAGCAAGUCAUCCCUGCCUGUGCCUCAGUUUCCCAUCUAUAAAAUGGAGAUAACACUACUGCUAUUCUUUAUAACAUGCCAUGAGAGCUGCUGCUGUUUCAAGUGAUUUGUUAUUUAUUUGUAUUGUUAAAGUGUUUGUUAUUUAUUAUUUGUAUUGUUAAAUCUGUCCAUCUUUGGCCUUAAAAUCCAUGUACAUGUGUCAUUCAGGAACUUAAGGAGAUUGAGCUAUUUAGCUCAGCGAAGAGGCGACUUGAUUCUGUUCUAUCAACAUGACCCUGGGAAGGAGAUUUCUGAGAGCGGAAACACGCUGGUCUGAUCUAGAGCAUGGUUGGGGCAGCUGUGCCAGGAUACCAGGCUGGCUGGGCCCAUGCGUCUGAUGCAGGGCGGCAGGGAGGGGUUUGGGGGGGUGGAAUAAAAUACCCCAGAAUUCCCCGUACUACAGAGGGGGCUCAGCUCCACAACCGCCUCCGCAGCUGAUGGGGGCGCAGAAGAGAGUAGGGCCGCAGUGGCUGCUGUGGUGCCCUGGAUCGGGCCGAGGUGCCGUUAAGCACCAGAGUGAUCAAGCGGGAAGAACUUUCCUGUCCCACCCCCUCUGCCUUGGACUCACCCCCAUCCCCCUGCUGCCCCUGACACCCCAACUUCCUCCGGCCUCUCCCCACUCCCCAUGGGAUGGACAGUGCGAUACAAUCUCAUGGCCCAUACAGGAAAAAACAACCACCCCCACAACACACAAACAGUAAAGUGAAACCCCCAGAAAAAAAACAAACAGUCGAAAUCCCACCUGAUUUCUCACCUUCUCUGGGGCUGUGAAAACCGCCCGGAGUUUAUGAGCAGCUUAUGGCCGGCUGUUCUCAUGAGCCCCAGUUGUCUCCAUUUCCUCCCACAAUAAAACAGCUCGUGCAGAAAUAUUUGACCCGCCAGACCACCAGUCUGCCCCAGCUGUACAAAAAGGGCCUGGGAGUGGGGUGGAUGCUGUAAUCCUGAGCACAGGUUAAGACAUUUGCCAGUGCCACAAUGGGCUACAGAACACAUACAUGAUGGGCCAGUGUCGAUGAAUGUAUAUUUAUAUGCUAGCCAGCCUGUAUCAUGUUAAUAGCGUGCCUUAGCUGCACCCUUUCUGUACAUUAGUAAACAUUAAGUACCACUAGCAUGAAGCCCAAAUACCGUAACCAUGCUGUAGGCUAAGCUGGCCUGGACCAGAACCCCCUGUUCCCUUAUGCCAACUACCCCGAACUCCUUGCGUUUACUGAAAUAGGGAUUUGGCAGAAGCCAAUAGGAAACGUGUCAAAAGCAAGAUACCGUUGUUCCACACCUUAGUACAGGCUGGGCAGAGUGUCACGGCGCAGGCCCUGGAAGGCUGGUGCCAACCCAGAGAUAAGGGAGGAACAGAACAGGUUAGAGAACUGGGACAAACCGAGGGGUUGGUUCCAGUGACGUGGGAAGAAAUUUACAACUUGUAAAAUCGUAUCACCGAGACCAGGGGAGCAAAUCUUCUGCAUCGGGCGACUGUAACGAGAUUGCACAGGACGGCUCUUCAGCGACUGGCAUCAUUUGGAACCUCUCCCCUGUAGCAUAUUAAUAAACCUGACUGACACUGGU